AUGACGUCCCCCGACGCGGGCAGUCGCCGGACGAUUCCUGUACUGCUCCUCAAGACCAAGUCAACCCCCGGAGACUCCUACCAGGAGCUCUUGUCAACCGCGCACCGCGGGCCAGCCCACGACCUCGCCUUCUCUCCACGCUUCGUGCCCGUGCUGCUGCACCGCUUCGCCGACAAGGGCACCGGCAGGCUCCGUGACCUGCUCAAGAGGGGGCGCAUAGGGCAUUCUCCUGGAUGCGACUAUGGCGGACUCAUCUUCACAUCGCAGCGGGCUGUCGAGGCCUUUGCGCAGGUGGUGCAGGAUGGGAGAGAUGGAGAUUCUAGCUGGCCGCAUCUGCAAGACGUUCCCAUAUAUAGCGUCGGCCCCGCCACGACCCGCGCCUUGAAAGCCGUCGCCCAAGUGCCUGGCCUGCAGAUAUUCGGCGAGCACACGGGUAACGGCGAGGCCCUCGCCCAUUUCAUGCUGCAACAUUACGGUGAAUGGUAUCGCGACCGCCCCACGCGCCCCCCUCUGCUGUUCCUCGUCGGCGAGCAGCGCCGCGACAUCAUCGCUCGAACCCUCAUGAACCCAUCCCUCGACGCCGCCGAUAGGAUACAGGUCGAUGAAGAAGUUGUAUAUGGGACCGGCGUCAUGGAAUCCUUCCCGGAAGACUUUGCUACAGUGCUGAGCGCCACCCAUGACUCGCCGUCGAGAUGGGUCGUUGUCUUCUCCCCAACGGGAUGCGACAGUAUGCUCCGAGGCCUCGGCAUGCUUGACGAGACAACCGGCAAAGCCAGCAAGGUCCGAGAAGACCGAGGCACCUACAUUGCGACCAUUGGGCCAACAACAAGGACGCAUCUGGUCGAGUCCUUUGGCUUUGAGCCACAUGUCUGCGCCGAGACCCCGUCUCCGGAAGGCGUGCUGCAGGGAAUAGUGGAGUUCGAAUCGAGAAGGCAGCAGUCUGCCGGUUGA